GCCGUCCCUUCUUACAAUUCUCUAAUCCAACCGUACAAUAUCAUAGACAGUGAUAGCUAAAUCAAAGUCAUCUCAUUAGGGCCCAUUCAGUUCAACAAACCUUUCCCAUUUGGCCCACUUUACCUCAACAAACCAUUUACCAAUUACAUUUCGGCUAAUCACAUAGAUUCUCUUCCUCAUCCACCUACAAAUUACUUCAACUUUUGUUCUCAACAUAAAUCACUAUAUUUGUGGUAUGAUCUACAUUUGUAAGUUCUUUUGCUUUAGGUUUAAUUGUUGUAUUUGUGUCUCUACUCUUAACAUUCUCUUAUACCCACUUUUAAUGAGAAUCACUAGUAAUUUCAGUACUGUUAAGUUUGUUUUACAUUUUUUUUUAAAAAAAUAUAGUAUUUGAAGUAUACAUUCUCAACUAAAAAGUUUAGAAAGCUAAAAUCACUACUUAUUAAAAAUAACCCAUUUGAUGGAUACAUAGGAGGAAGAUGAUGAAGAUGAAGGAGAGGUUUUAUAUUGAGUCAAAAGCCAACUCAUGAAAUUGAGUUGUCCUUAAACGAGAAUUAUUUAAUGAUAAUUAAAAUAACAAAACAAUAAGGUUUAAUUUGAAAAGGAAAACUAUUUCAAAGGAUUAACCAGACAAAGAGGCGAAGUGUUAGUUAAAAUUAGGUAAUGCAAAGAGAGCGAAGUCGGAAUUAGUUUCCGAAUUAGAAGCCUUCCCUUUUAUGAAUUUAGGUUUAAAUUAAAACACGAUGAAGGAUGGAAGUUAAGUUUAAAGAAAUCAAAUUGGAGAACAACCAAACAAAUCAAAGAAGAUGAUCAUUCCGGUGCGGUGCUUCACUUGCGGCAAGGUGAUCGGUAACAAAUGGGACACUUAUCUCGACCUUCUACAAGCUGACUAUCCAGAAGGGGAGGCAUUGGAUAUGUUAGGGUUAGUACGGUACUGUUGCAGGAGAAUGCUUAUGACUCAUGUGGAUCUCAUUGAGAAGCUCUUGAACUACAACACCAUGGAUAAGUCUGAAAUCAUCUAAAGCCUAACUACGGGGAAUUGCUUUGCCAACACAGUGAAUUCUGCAAUGCAUUGUUUAGAUUUUGUAAAGAGUCUAAGUAAAGCUAAUAAAGUCACUUCUUUCGAGAGUGAAAUUGAUUUAACUUUCCAAAAUAUUUUUAUAGUAGUAAUUCUUCCAAGUUUUGGAUGGAAAUUUGAUGUAUAGAAUAUUGAUGUGACAAUAAGCUAUAAUGAAAAUAAAGUAACUAUACGUAGUGAUUUUUUUUCGUUCAA